GUAACAUUGGUACUGGAUGUCUUGACAGGUAUAUGAAGGUGAGAGAGCGAUGACCAAGGACAACAACUUGCUGGGCAAGUUUGAACUGACCGGCAUCCCUCCAGCUCCCCGUGGUGUUCCUCAGAUCGAGGUCACUUUUGACAUCGAUGCCAACGGCAUUCUGAACGUCUCUGCGGUCGACAAGAGCACUGGCAAGGAGAACAAGAUCACCAUCACCAACGACAAAGGUCGUCUGAGCAAGGAGGAUAUUGAGCGCAUGGUGCAGGAAGCCGAGAAGUACAAGGCUGAGGAUGAUGUGCAGCGCGACAAGGUUUCAUCCAAGAACGCCCUGGAGUCCUAUGCCUUCAACAUGAAGUCCACCAUUGAGGAUGACAAACUGCAGGGCAAGAUCAGUGAUGAGGACAAGCAGAAGAUCCUGGAGAAGUGCAAUGAAGUCAUCAGCUGGCUGGACAAGAACCAGACGGCCGAGAAGGAGGAGUACGAGCACCAGCAGCAGGAGCUGGAGAAGGUGUGCAACCCCAUCAUCACCAAGCUGUACCAGGGUGCCGGAGGCAUGCCAGGGGGGUUCCCAGGGGCUGGGGCAGCUCCCUCUGGUGGCGGCGGCGGCGGCUCUUCAGGUCCCACCAUAGAGGAGGUGGAUUAAUGUUAAGCGAUCGAUGUACUGUAACCCCAAGGACUCCGAUUGCAAGCCAAGGCUGGUCAUUGGCUGUCCACUAUUCAUACCGAUGUAAGCUGCUAUGAUUGAAUUGCUGAAGCACUAGAACCGCUGCACUGCAGCUGGCAGUGUGGUCAAUGUAAUGCUGAAACUAGUUCACACUGGCCAUACGUUUUAAAUCCUGGAAAAUUAAACUUCUACCUGAAAUCUA